AUGGAAUUUAUGAGCAAUAUUAGUUCAGGGGCCGAUAUUUAUCGUCCUUCUUUGUUUGAACUAAUUGCACAAGAAAAAUUACGAGAAAUGAUUCGACCAGCUUUAAGAUACAUUUUAUCGGUUUAUGCUCAAAGAUACCCAAGAUAUUUAUUGAGAAUAGUAAAUCGAUAUGAUGAAUUAUAUACUAUUAUGAUGUUAUUUAUCGAAAAGCAUUACUUGAAAGAGUGGAGUGCCUCGUUUGCUGAAAAUUUUUAUGGUCUAAAAAGAUCAAGGUUAUUAAAAACAAAAAUUAACCUACCAGAAGCUGUGCCUGAUAAAGAAUUACGGUUAUUAAGAAAUGAAGACAUUUGGAAUGAUUUAUAUGAAAAAGUUAGUGGAGGUGCUGGUGCAAGAUUAUUGGGCGAAAUAUUUCCUGUUCGCGAUAAUAUCAAUGAAGGUCAUCUUCAACUUAAUCCCAAAGAACGCAUACGUCGCUUAUUACGAAGCAUAUUCAGAAACUUUUAUCCCUGGGUUAAUGCAUUAUAUUAUGGAUCAAUUUUGAUUUUUAAUAUUUUUUAUCUGUACGAUAAGACUCCUUAUUAUACGCCUUGGUUAAAAUUGAUGGGGAUUCAAAUUCAGAGAAUGAGUGCACAAGAUUACCGAGAACAUUAUAUUCGAAUACAACGUCCACCACCUAACUUACAAGGAAUGACACGAAUUCAGGCUACUCGAUAUUUAUUAUCCACUAUACUUUCACGAGGAUUUAAUUUUCUCAAAAUCUUGUUACCUAUGUCAAUAUUCUUUUUCAAGUUUUUGGAAUGGUGGUAUUCCAGUGAAUUUUCAAAACGUGCCGGUGGUGAUGAUAUCGAAAUACCACCACCAGACAUGAUAUCUCCCGACCUUCGAGGAAUUCCACUUCCCGAAUCAACAAAUAUUUGUCCGCUUUGUACAGAUAAUUUAGCUAAUCCAACAGCAAUUCCAUCCGGUUAUGUGUUUUGUUAUACUUGUAUACAUCACCAUGUCGAGGAAUUUGGUUGCUGUCCGGUUACUUUGAUAAAGAUUAAUAUUGAUGAAUUAAGAAGGGUUUAUAAUUCGACAAUGUAA